GCAAACUUCACUGGACUGUUGACUGCUGCAGAGCAACACAGAAUACAGGGGGAACAAACCCAGAGCCAUGGACCCGGAGUACUUCAGAUCAGACAUGUGCUGGGGGACUCUGGGAACAGUCCGACCUCACUCCAACUUCCACCCGGACAGAGACGUGUGGGAGCUGCAGACGGCUCUGGAGAAGAAGGAUUGUGGGACAAUUGUGAGAAUUUUAACCAAUCGAAACAACGCUCAGAGACAAGUCCUGGUCAAGACUUUUGAAGAACUCACACAAAAGGAUCUGGGGUCAGAGGUGAAGAGGGCUCUGUCUGGGGAGGUGGAGGCUCUGAUGCUGGAGCUGCUGAUGCCUCCUCUGCACUUUGAGGCCUACAGGCUGCAGAUGGCCAUGGCGGGAGUGGGCACAGAUGAAGAAACUCUCCUGGAAAUCCUCUGCACCAGGACCGGCUCUGAGCUCAAAGAGAUCGACGAGGUCUACAAAAAAAUGUUCAAGAAGGACCUGGAGAAGGAGCUCAGAUCUGAGACCAGUGGAGACUUUGCGAAGCUGGUCGUGGCUUUGUUAAAUAAACGUGAUGUGGCUGGACUGGUUUAUAAGGACGUGGAGACUCUGGUGGCGACUCUCAACGGGAAGAAGUGUGACGCGACUCCAUGGAUCGACAUCCUGACCUCCAGGGACCCUGAGCACCUCCAAAAGGUUCUGGAUGAGGUGGAGUUUCAGACCGGCCUGUUUCUGGAUGAAGCUUUUGACAAACUCUUCAGUGGAGACCUCAGGCUCGGACUCAAAGUGCUGGUUCAGUGCAUCCAGAACCCAGACCUCUACCUCGCCAAAAGAAUUAACAUCAUGAAGGCCCCACAGACUCAGAGGGUGAUGGUGUCUCACUGUGAACAAGACCUCCUCUGCAUCAGAGCAGCGUUUCUCAAACUCACAGGGAAGUCACUCUACUCCACACUACAGAGACAUUUUAAAGGGGACCUCCUCACUGCUCUACUCAACAUCUGUCGAUCUGAAGACUGAAACUGCUCAGAAAACCAACAAUGGUUAUGUUUGAAUGACUUUAUUUAAGAGUAAAACUGGUUUAUAUUUGAAUAAACAAACGUGAACAA